CCAAAAAUAUCAUUUCACUCCCUUAUAAAAAUACACCUUCACACUCCCCUGUUCUUCUCAUGGACCCCUUUCAUUCUUCUACAACUACAGUUGCCACUUCAUGAUUAUAUAAUUUAAUCAACUGAUUGUUUGAUUAAGUUAACGCAUUUCAGGAAGCUUUAUUUUAUUUUAUUCAGUUAUCAAUCAAUUCAGGAAAGUAGUUAAGGUUACAAUAAUCAGUUAUGAAUUACAAGGGCUUCGGAAAUCAGCCAACGGGCAGCGGGCGGCCACCGGGGAACUUCCCGUUGACCCGUCAAGGAUCAAUCUACUCGUUGACUUUUGAUGAGCUGCAAAACACCAUGGGUAGUAUCGGUAAAGAUUUUGGGUCGAUGAACAUGGAUGAGUUACUAAAAAACAUAUGGAAUGCAGAAGAAAUGCAAACGAUGGGAAAUUCAAAUAACACCGGUACCGGUGUUACCGGUAUCGGUGGGACCGGGGCACCCGGAACAAGUUUACAGAGACAAGGGUCGUUGACUUUGCCAAGAACAUUGAGUCAAAAGACAGUAGAUGAAGUAUGGAAAGAUUUGUCAAAGGAGUAUAAUAGCGGUUUCGGUCAACCGGAUUUCCCCCAAAGGCAGCAGACUUUAGGGGAAAUGACACUUGAGGAGUUUUUGGUUAAAGCUGGGGUAGUUAGAGAUGAGCCCGGGUUCGGCGGGCUCGGGUUCCAACACGGGGCAGGUCAGGUUCAGAAUGUUGCAGUUGAAGACAGUGGGGGUAAUCAGAUUUCAUUCCAGUCUGGGAAUUUACCGUUAAGUGGGAAUGGCGUUAGAACAGCACAAGCUCAACCACCACCGCUGUAUCCGAAGCAGACUAAUUUGCCUUAUGGGGGUGGGCCUCCGAUGGCUUUACCGACGGGUAAUCAGUCUGUGAUCAGGAAUGGGGUUGUGGGGAUUUCGGAUUCGGUUAUGAAUGGUGGUGGGUUAGGUGGGAUGGGGAUGAUGGGUGGGUUGGGUGGGGCUGGGGGGGUUACGGUUGCUGCAGGGUCUCCAGCGGUUUCGUCGGAUGGGUUAGGGAAGAGUAAUGGUGGUGAUACGUCGUCUGUAUCGCCUGUGCCUUAUGUUUUUAAUGGAGUUUUUAGGGGGAGGAAGAAUGGGGCUAUUGAGAAAGUUGUGGAGAGGAGGCAGAGGCGGAUGAUUAAGAACCGAGAGUCUGCGGCUAGAUCACGCGCUCGGAAACAGGCCUAUACUAUGGAACUGGAAGCCGAAGUCUCGGAACUGAAACAGAAGAAUCAAGAACUGAAACGGAAACAGGAAGAGAUGUUGAAGAUGCAGAAGAAUCAGAUUAUGGAGAUGAUGAAUAUGAAACCUGGAGCAAAACGAAACCGUCUGAAAAAGACGAUUUCAGGUCCAUGGUAAAGGUGGUAUAUAGUGUUGGUAUGUGAAUCGGAUCGUACAUUGGCGUAUGUAAAUAUGUGUUAGGAACGAUGGGUUCAUGCAUACAUGUUUAUGUAAGUUACAUGUCAGGUUAUUUAUACAUACUCCUUCGGUACCUGGAGAUACAUGACGGAGAGAAAGUAGGUGUGAGAAUGAGUGCAUCAGGUACAAAUUAUCAUAGGACCUUGAGGGUGUGUAAGCUAUUUGUUUUGUAGGAUGAUAGAUUUUUGUUCCGUAAGUAAAGGUUUCUUGUUUUUGGAUGCUAAAUAUACGUAGGAAGACUUUAUGGUUUACAGAUAA